CAAGGGAUGGGGGGGAAACGUGCUGAGAAAGGGGUUUUCUGAAUACAAAUCCUUUCUUUUUUUUAAAACCUUCCGCGUGACAUGGCGGAAUGAGAUUUGAAUGAAAAUACAAACACGUCUCGGAGACAAGGGGAGAGAGAUUCAUCCCGAUGGCAUUGAGACCUCCCUCUAGAGAAUUCAUUUCAUCCUGUGUCCGUGACCUGGGAGGAGAUGCGAGGCGUGUGCCGUCUGCUGUCGGCAGAUCUCUUGUCACUUUCACUCCGCCCCUCAGUCUGUUUCACCAGAGAGGGGGGGAGCGCUGAAAGCAGAAGACUGUGGAGCGAGAGGCUUAAUCCAUCCCAACACACACACAAAAGUGUGCUAGAGAGAGGGGAGGGAGGACUAAAAAUAAACCGAAUGGCAAGAUGAAAUGCCCGCACCUUUCGCAAAGAGCAGAUGACUGAGGGAAAUUGAAAGGGAUCUCAAUGGUUGGUUUUACACAGACCGAGAGAAGGAAUCGCCUCAGAUUGUCGACUUGAUGUCCUGCCUCUUUUUCCCCCAAAAGCCGGCAAUUUGCAGCCACUCCUGAACACUGAAGUUAUUUUUAUUAUCUAUUAAUCAAACAAUUAACAGCUGCUUGCAGAGUGGGGGAGAACGAGGCUUUCCUCAGACGCAGGAGCCGAUCCCCACCCUGAGUAUUUGGAUUUCUAAUCGUCAGACGGUGUGUGUGUGGGGGGAGAACGCUGGGGUUAGAAAUGGGCACAGUCCUGUCGCUGUCUCCUGGCUCACGGAGAUCCAGUAUACUGGAGGAUGGCACUGACUCCAAGUCCUUGGGUCACUACCACGCUAUCCAAAGCGCCAAGAACAACAGCCAGAAGGAGAAGGGUCUGAAACGCCAUUCUAUGUUUAUCCCAGCCUUGACUUGGAAGAGGCUAGUCGCCUCCACCAAGAAGCGGAACUCUAGAAAACCAAACCCCGGUAACUACCAUCACCAAAACGACGUGGUCCACCUCAACAGCGAGAAUGUGAAGAAAUCGCUGUCCUGCGCCAACCUUUCCAGCUACGAACCGCAGGCGGACCCCUCGGGGAGCAAGCCAACCUCUUCCAUCAAAAAGACAGCUUCCCAAAGCGGGCCCGGCUCCCCCAAGCGGGUGAUAGUGCAGGCAUCCACCAGCGAGCUGCUCAAGUGCCUGGGGGAGUUCCUGUGCCGCCGCUGCUACAAGCUGAAGCACUUGGCUCCCACCGAGCCGGUGCUGUGGCUGCGCAGCGUCGACCGCUCCUUGCUCCUGCAAGGUUGGCAGGACCAAGCGUUCGUCACCCCGGCCAACGUGGUCUUUGUCUACCUGCUCUGCAGGGAUGUCAUCGACGGAGACCAUGUGGCCACCGAGCACGACCUGCAAGCCACCCUGCUGACCUGCCUCUACCUCUCCUACUCCUACAUGGGCAACGAGAUCUCCUACCCGCUGAAGCCCUUCCUGGUGGAGAGCGCCAAAGACGCUUUCUGGGACCGCUGCCUCCGCAUCAUUGACACCAUGAGCAGCAAAAUGCUCCAGAUCAACGCCGACCCUCACUACUUCACCCAGCUCUUUGCCGAUCUCAAAAACGAGGGGACCCCAGAUGACUUCAGUAGGAUUUCCCUUACUUUAGACCGGUGACUCAGCGAGGGAGAAAGGGUCCGCCCCCUGGGCUAACUGGUCUCUUUAAAUAAACAUGUAGUGUCUUUCCCUUUUUUGUUUUGGCUUUCCGCUGUCUCUUAACCGUUUAACAUUGAAAAUGCUGGGUGGUGGUGGUGGGGGGCUGUUUCGGCUUAAGAGUUUCAUUUCUGUGGGCGGAGGGAAAAGAAACUGAACACCCUCUUUAAGGUGGGGGCAAUUUGCCUCCGUUGAUUAGAAUGGGUGUCAAUGGGCAAUGCCUUUCAUAU